GGCUCCAUGCAUCCUCCUCUUCAUUCCUGCUAAUUAAUCUGCUGCUGCUGCUUUUGGGACCAAACUCUGCUCUGAAUAUUAACUGAGGAUGGAUGACAAGACGUACUUGGUGAAGAUGAACGGGAACGGCGUCCACGGCAAAACCGCGCUCAACGCCAAAACCCUGGUCGGGACCGUGGUCAACGGGAGGGGGGGGCUGGGAAACGGCCUCAACCACGUCAGCAUGAACGGCAGCUUGUACCCGGCCAAGGUGAAGAGCCGCCGGCAGAGGUGGGAGGUGAAGCCCUCCGAGAUGGCCAACAACACGCUGAACCCCAUCAGGAGCAUCGUGGACGAGAUGAAGCUCACACCCAACAGAGACAAGCCCAUGAUCGCCCUCUCCAUCGGCGACCCCACGGUGUUUGGGAACCUGCCCACAGACCAGGUGGUGCUUCAGGCCGUGAAAGACGCCGUCGACUCGCAGAAAUACAACGGCUACGCCCCCUCAGUCGGUUAUCUGAAGAGCCGACAGGCCUUGGCCAACUUUUACAGCUGCCCCGAGGCUCCACUGGAGGCAGAGGAUGUGAUCCUGACCAGCGGCUGCAGUCACGCCAUCGACCUGGCGAUCAGCGUCCUGUGUAACCCCGGGGACAACAUCCUGGUGCCCUGCCCGGGAUUCUCCUUAUAUAAGACUCUGGCCAUCUCCAUGGGCAUCCACGUUAAACUCUACAACCUGCUGCCGGAGAAGUCGUGGGAGGUGGACCUGCAGCAGAUGGAGAGCCUGAUCGACGAGAGGACUUCCUGUGUGAUCGUGACCAACCCGUCCAACCCGUGUGGCUCCGUCUACAGCAAGGAACAUCUGCAGAAGAUCCUCAAAGUGGCCUCCAGACACUGUGUUCCUAUUCUGGCCGAUGAAAUCUACAGUGACAUGGUGUUGCCCGGCAUCAGCUGUCCGUCCAUGGCGUCCCUCAGCAGUGACGUCCCGGUCAUCUCCUGCGGAGGUCUGGCCAAACGCUGGCUGGUCCCCGGCUGGAGGAUGGGAUGGAUCCUCAUCCACGACCGGAACGACAUCCUUGGACCUGCAAUUCGUCAGGGUCUGGUGAAACUGAGCCAGCGGAUCCUGGGAGCCUGCAGUCUGAUCCAGGGGGCGCUAGAGGGCAUCCUCAACAACACGCCUCAGAGCUUCUACAACAACACCAUCAGCUUACUAAAGUCGAACGCAGAGAUCUGUUUCAACGAGCUGUCCACGGUCGCCGGCCUGAACCCGGUCAAGACCUCAGGAGCCAUGUACCUCAUGGUGGGCAUGGACAUGGAUCACUUCCCAGACUUUAAGAACGAUGUGGACUUCACUGAGCGUCUGGUCACCGAACAGUCGGUCUUCUGUCUCCCGGCCUCGGCGUUCGAGUAUCCCAACUUCUUCCGCAUCGUGUUGACGGUGCCGAAGGAGAUGAUGGAGGAGGCCUGCAGCCGGAUCCGGGAGUUCUGCCUGUGCCACUACCGGCCCAGCAGCCGCGGGAGUGGCCAGGAUCUGGACCAGUGAAGAAGACCAGCGUGGGCCAGAGGACGGACGGAGGACGGACGGAGGACAGACGGAGGACGGACAGAACCAUGGUCACACUCACUCAUCGUGUUUAAUUCAAACCACAGAUGGAUGCGGGUCAUGAAAAGUUAGAGAAACAAAGGCUCAGUCGUCCGAUCAGGUUCAAAUCCUCCAAGAAGACGAAGGAGAAUAAAUCCUCACGUGUUUAAAAUGUAAACUGAGAUUACCCCCCCCCCACAUGAAUCUGAUGUCAGAUCUGUUUUGAUAUUGUCGUCACCGUGGUAACGAGAAGCUGGUGAGCAGCGAAUCAUGAUGUUCCAUUCGUGCUGUAAUUUUAUAUGUCAACCUUUGAAAUGACAAAAACCUAAUAUUUAUAUUUUAUAUGAGCGACGUAUAUUAACCUCUACUGUUUUUUGUGUAUUUAUAUAAUUUGUGUAGCGCUUCGUGAUGUAGCCUGUUUGAAAUCAGCUCGAUUCUUCUUUUACCUUUUGAUACUUUUCUUCACUUUCUGAUCGAUAAUUAGAGGAAUUAUUUUAUAUAAAUAUAAAUAAAUGUACAAUAUUCCUUUUUAUAAACAUUACGUAUCUAUAAUCUUUUCUAUACUUUGCUUGUGCUUGAAAAUGAGUCUUUAUCAAAAGUUUAUCUGUAUAUUAUUUGUAUGUUAAUUGUGUCAUAUUGAAAGUCAUUUAUACAUUUUAUUUAGUAGUUUUGUUGAUAGUUGCUUAAUAAAAUAAACUUGUUGACAUGA